AUGAAGCUCUCAGCUGUCGCCGUCUCCCCCCUCGUGGCCGGCCUGGCCGCUGCAUCUCCGGCCUCCAGCCCGCUCACGUCCCGCCAGGCAUGCCCAAACGUGCAUGUUUUCGGUGCCAGGGAGACGACGGUCCCUCAGGGAUACGGCACGUCGCAGGGCCUCGUCAACAUGGUGCUCCAGGCUUACCCCGGAGCCACGUCCGAGGCCAUCGUCUACCCGGCCUGCGGCGGCCAGAGCCAAUGCGGUGGUGUCAGCUACGACAACUCUGCCAGCCAGGGCACCGCCGCCGUCGUCAGCGCCGUCACGAGUUUCAAUAGCCGCUGCCCCAACACCAAGCUCGUAGUCAUUGGCUACUCGCAGGGAGGCCAGAUCUUUGACAACGCCCUCUGCGGCGGCGCCGGAGCCACCCUUAGCGGCAAUGCACUCGCGGCGGUCAAGGCGGCCAUCUUCAUGGGCGACCCUCACAACCAGAACGGGCUUCCGUACAAUGUCGGCACAUGCCGGGCGGGUGGGUUUGCGGCCCGCCCCAGUGGAUUCCGAUGCUCGCCGGCCAGCUCGUCCAUCAUCCAGUCGUACUGCGACUCGACCGACCCUUACUGCUGCAAUGGCAACGACGCCAACUCGCACCAGCAGUACGUCAACAAGUACGGCACCCAAGCGCUCAACUUUAUCAAGAGCAAGCUGGGUUGA